UGAAGAUUCAUUGAAAGUGAUUCUCGUAACUAAUGCCUAUACGAAGUUUUGAGAUAUUGUCUGUUUUGGAAAGCUUUGUGUAAGAAUCAUUCAGAAAGAUAAAAGUUCAUAUUCACUUGUUUCUUGAUGAUAGGAGUAAUCGCAAGCUUCAAAUAAGAUACAAUCUAAAGUGUGUCACGUUAAAGAUAACAUGGAAGUUUUUAAACCUCCAAAUGUGAAAGUCGAACCCAUUUCUGAUGAGGAGAAUGCUUUGUUGGAUGUCAAGGUUUUGAAAAAUGAAGCUAGAAAAUCGUCACUUAGUAUGACAAGAAAAGCUGCUUCCCCAGAAGAAAGAUCUUCAUUUACAGUCUUUGAUUUUAAGAUAAAAAAAGAAAAGUAUGAUGAAGAACUAAUGGAAGCUGAGGUAAUUUGUAUAUUAAAAACUUAUCAUUCUGUCAGUAUGGAUAACUACAGUGAUAUUUGUUUGAGAAAACAUUUAUGGAACUUUUUAACAAGGAUGAAUACUAUUCAAAAAACUGUGAAAUUAUUGUGUAUUUCUGAAGAUUUCUGGCAUUUUAAU